CCAGACUAAAGUUUAUUGACAAGAAAAACAAAAAGAAUAAACAAAGGAAAUGGCAAAGAAUCUCAACUCCGCCAGCUUCACCCUUCUCUUGCUUGUCCUCGCGAUGGCUUCCACCGAAUUCCUCAAGACUGAGGCUUUGCCUGGGGUGGAGUGCCCACCUGGAAGUGGAUGCCUUGACCCGGCUAAGCGUGUGUUCUUAGGCGAGUGCGGGGACGAGCCGUUCCUAGGUACAGACUUGGAUUGCUGUGAAUGUUGCAAAAAGACAUUCCCGAUUCCUCCACUCUGUUGGGCGGUCGUUGAGGGAUCCGACCUACACUGCCAUUGCUACCAAAAGAAGGUUUAAAAUAACCUCAUGAAAUGUAAUUACCAAGUGUAACUUCUGUUCUCAUUCGGUGUGAGGACAUUGCAUGUGUGUAUGUUUAUGUUCAAGUUUCUUUUACUUCCAAAUAAAACAUCAAGGGCAAAGCUUAUCACUUGCUUGCCCCUCCUCAAGUGUAAGCUUAUGUUGUGUGUG